UUUGUUAUGAUGCUUACGGCUCUUGAGCUCCUCCGUUUUAAUUUCUUUUCAUUUUUGAACAAUAUGGCGAAUGUGAUGUUCACCAAGAUCAUCUAUUUGCUGUCUUUGUUAAUCAUGUUUCUAAGAAUCACUUUUUCAAUAGAUACACUUCUCCCGAACCAAACAAUUGGCAUUGGGCAGACUUUGGUUAGUGAAAACCAAAUUUUCGAGUUGCAUUUUUUCAGCCCUGGAAAAUCCAGAAAUGUGUUCUUGGGAAUACGGUACAAAAGCACACCAGAUGUUGUAGUUUGGGUAGCAAACAGAAACAAUCCCAUCACUAUUUCACAAGGAGUGGUGUUGGCUAUUUCUGGAAAUGGAAGUGUUGUGAUAAGCAGAGGUGGAAGCAUUAUCUGGUCUGGAAAUCCAUCAGGCGUGGCAUCAAAUCCACUUCUACAGGAGACGAGACGACGCGGCGCUACAUAUGGCAGAGCUUUGAUUAUCCAGGAGACUCAUGGUUGCCAGGAAUGAAACUGGUGGCGGAUGAUGGCGGCAGAGAGGCAUAUUUGACAUCAUGGAGAAACUCCGACGAUCCUUCGCCUGGCGAUAUUGUUUUCAGGAUCGUAAAUCAGGGCAUGCCGGAGCUGGUGGCUUACAGAGGGGAGAACAAAGUGUUCCGAAGUGGACAGUGGAACGGGAUUCGCUUUAGCAGCUCGCCACCUUCCGACAACACAAUUUUCAAAGCUAAGUUUGAGUUUAGGGGAGACAGGUUGAUAUCUAUGACUAGGUCUUAUGAAAGCUCCAUUGUCGUGAGGUCGAAGCUAGACGCAUCCGGUGAACUCCAGCGGCUUACUAUGAACUCGAAAGGAGUUAUGUGGACUCACGUCAUGUCAUUUCCACAAGACAAGUGUGGCGAAUAUGGCCAUUGCGGUCCCUAUGCAAUCUGCAGGAUCGAGAAGGUGCAGAGGUGCGAGUGUUUUUCGGGAUUCAAACCCGUGUCCCAGAAUGAUUGGGAGCGUCAACACUGGUAUGGUGGGUGCAGGAGAGUUGAGGCGUUGAAUUGCGAGGGCGGGGAUGAUUUUCUGAAAGUUGAAGGACUGAAAUAGCCUGAUAUGCUCAAGUUCUGGAUAAAUACUAGCAUGAGCCUCGGAGAAUGUAAAGCCCAGUGCCUCAAAAACUGCAGCUGCACCGCGGUUGCUAAUCCGUAUGUUACUGAUGGAGGUAGUGGCUGCGUGAUGUGGCUCGGGGAUCUCAUCGACAUCAGACACAUUUCUGAAGCUGAUGAAAACCAGAACUUGUAUAUUCGAUUACCAAUUUCAGUACUAGGCAAGUUUAUUUUUUCAAUCUUGAAUAUUCCUCUUCUUUUUUGUUGUUGUUUAUUGUCUGUUAUAUGUAGGUGAUACCACCAAGUCAGACAAGAAUGAGGAGAAGAAGAAAAAGAGAAGGAGAAGGCAUACAAAACUAAUAGUGAUAUUACUUACAUGUGGAAUUCUUUUAGCAGGCCUUAUCACGGGAGUAAUACUUUUGAUAACACGACGA